AUGGCACCACGUCCGUCCUACUCAGCUGUCGCAAAGGGUACCGCCCCGGCUGCAACCCUUUCGCCCAUCCCGCAAACAGCAAAAGGUACCGUCCCUGUUGCGCCCGUUUCGCUCGGCUUGCCCGUAGCGAAGGGUACCGUCCCUGUUGCGCCCGUUUCGCUCGGCUUGCCCAUAGCCUCCAUCGCGCCGGUUCUGGCCGGCCCGUCCCGGGCCAAGGGUAUCCCACCUGACCAGUCCGACCAGUUGGACCCAUCCACCCCCAUUUCGCCAGACCGGGCCCACAGCCGCGACAAAAUCAUCGAGAACCUGGAGGCCAUGCAGAAAGGAGGCCAUCUUAACGCUGAGACGUCCACCGAUGUGGACCAGCUUCUCCAGAAAGCGCGCGAGCCGUCCACCGAUACCGAUCUUUUGGCGAUGACGGUGAGCGAGCUCCAGAAGAACCAGAAGCUCGCGGCCGAGUGCGAGAAAUUGAGGUCGGAGCUCCACGAGAUGAAGUUUUCGCUCUACAUGGGCGAUUGGAUAUCCGACAUUGUCAACGCGGUAAGGGCAGCGGAACGCGACAUGAUAGAGGCUAAGCGAAAUCGCCGACGAGGAGAGCUUAGAGCACGUGGGUGUUCCAAUAGCGAGAUUGAAAAGGGACUAAAAGGAUACGCGGUUUGGGGUGUUCUUUCCUCAUUCAGCGCUGAGGAGUCGUGCACUGCGAUCGACACAGUGCUCGACGAGAUCAAAAAAUGGAUGGCAAGGGGUCCGGCCGCCAAAAACCAACCCGCGCCGGCGACGCCAGCUUGCGACCGGCUCCAAUCUGCGUCGGCAGAUGCUGGGGUCGACCAUAAGUUGUCGAUACAAUCGUUCAGGUUAAGCAGGGAACGAAACUCGCUCGCUCACCACUCCCCGCCGCGCCUCGAGAAACAUCUCAACGAGGACAAGACUCGGAUCGAUUGUCGCCGUCUUCAGAAUGCUUGCAAGGAGCGCAAAGACGAAUUGAAGGGGUUGCUAACGAAGGAGAGAUUUGACGUCUGGGAAAGGGUCAUCGACGGAUUGUUUUCGCUGCAUGUGAAGCGGAAGAAGAAUGGGGUCCUUGCGCAGACGGCAUAUGCCGCCAAACGCAUUGGCGAGAUUAAGCAGGGAAUCACGACGAAGGAGAAGCGCGAGGGUGCUCCGAAACCGGAUAGUACUUACGAGGAGGGCAAGUGGGACGAUGUGCUGCAUACUGUGUUGUAUGCGUUAGUCGAGCUUUCAGCGAUUGACCAGGAAACCGGCACUGAACGGGGCCCCGGUGUAGCGAUGGUACCAAUCCAUAUCGCCGUCCUGAACUUCGGUAAAUAUGCAGCCAUUACCACGGAAUUGGUGCCGUUUCCGUGUCGGCGGAACACCUACCCUUCGUCGAAGAUCGUAAUCGACGAACCACAGAUGCUUAGCCCAUUGAAGGCGACCACCAGCAGCCAUGAUUGCGCACAUGCUCCCCGGGCUUUUCCACAUACUAUCACAGAGAUCGCUGUCGAGCGCAAUAUGAUUCGCGCCAUAUUUGAAGCUCUCUUUACGAUUGCAGAAGGGGAAAUCCCCAAGAAGUCCAACGUAUUCCCACUGGAUUGUUUGGGGGUCAAAAGGCUGAAGGAAGAAGAGAUCCGUUUUUGCAUUCGUCACGCAACGCUGCCACUCGCCAUCCGCAAGAAACCACGCAGUAUCCGAGAAAUCAGGAUAUUUCCGGCCCUCCUUUUUACACGGAAUUGUGUCCACUUGCUCGCCCGAUUCGGCUAAUUUGAACCGCCGCUCCAUCGCCGCUCUCGACUCGGUGCAGGCAGUCCAGAGGCCAGCAUCCAUCAAGUACGUAGAGCGGUUGCCUCUGACCCAUGAAACUUCUUUCUCGUGUUCAUCGUCAUCAUCGGUAUCAUCGUCUGAGUUGCGGAUUUGAGGAGCCGCCAGCUGACACCGCCACGGCCCUGCGUGGCGGAUCGCGUGCUGAGAUAACACUGCCUGUUCGGUGCCAUUAUCCUCGUCGUAGCAUGUGAAGAGGUGAACACCCGGCUGCUCGGGGCGAACUGCAAAGGCCCAGAUAUCUUCUCUAACCUUUCUGGGCAACUUAGUAAAACAAUGGAAGUUCCUUGGUGCCAUUAUAAGUUUGACA